AUGCAAAGUCUCGUAGAUGAGGUCAACUCCAAGCAGAAUCUAUGGACGGCGUCCACUGACCAAGAGAGAUUCUACGGUCGCUCUCUCGGUGAUGCCAAGAAGCUUUGCGGCACACUACCUGAGGAAACUAAAGGGCUCGAGAAGAAGGUCUACCCAACAGAGGAGCUUGCUGACAUUCCGAGUAGCUUUGAUGCCCGCGAUGCGUUCAAGGAGUGCAAGGACGUCAUCGGUCAUGUCUGGGAUCAGUCGGCUUGUGGAAGCUGCUGGGCGAUUGCGCCAGUUGAGGCAUUCAAUGCCCGUCUUUGCAUCAAAUCGGGGGGGAAGUUCAAUCAACUACUCUCUGCUGGCGAGAUGCUCGCGUGUUGUAACUCAGUGCAUUCUUGCAAUUCUCACGGCUGUCAAGGAGGCAUAGCCAGGGCAGCUUGGUCCUUCCUCAAGAUGCACGGUAUUGUUACCGGUGGAGAUUUCGUUCCAAAAGGGAGCAUGAGCGCAGCCGAUGGUUGUUGGCCGUACAGCUUCCCAAAAUGUGCUCACGAUCAGGAAGACUCCAAAUACGAGCCGUGUCCGGAGGUGAGAGUACCACCCUUGGGGGAGCGACACCAGCGUGGUGCUGGAGCUUCUAUCCAUCAGAAACUCUACGACACACCUUCGUGCUUGGACCGCUGUCCCAAUGAGAAAUACGGAACUCCGCGGGACAAAGAUCGUCACUUCACCGCACGUGCCUUACCCUAUUUGUUCGAGGGAACAGACAAUAUCAAGAAAGAGAUCAUGACCAAUGGCCCAACCUCGGCUUCAUUCUCUACGUAUGAAGACUUUUCUUCCUACAAGUCUGGUGUCUACAAGCAUACGAGUGGCGGAUACCUUGGGGAUCAUUCUGUUGAGAUUAUUGGCUGGGGUACUGAGAAGGGAGUUGAUUAUUGGCUGGUUAUGAACUCCUGGAAUGAAGGAUGGGGUGACCAUGGCACCUUCAAAAUAGCCCAAGGUGACUGUGGCAUAGACGACGCGGUCCAAGGGUCGCUUCCAGCCAUGAAUUGA